CCAAGAUCGGUACGAGCCGCGUCUUGGCUAAGUUGGCGGGAAGUUGAGACUCGAGACAAACUGACUUGCAACAUCGAGACCGGUGGGAUACGCGCCGUCCUCCGAUGAACAACUGUCCGAACGCCCGUCAACGAGCCUUCUGAUUGGUCUCAUCUGAAAAAUUGCCGUACACAAUGUGUUCAGUCGGAGCGGGCGCGGGCCGGCUUGGAUAAGAAUUCGUCCGAAAACUACGGAUCGCGGACUCGCGGACGUUCAACGUCCGGAUGGUUGGUGUAGCCCACCGAUGUGCCACCAGCCCGACAGUCCGCCAUGAUGGUGGGUAUAUAUCGUGCGGCCACAUAGGAACUGAAUCUCUCAGAUUUGUCUGAAUACAGCUGCACCAAUCAAGCGCCAGGCAACAAAUCAUCUCUUACACAAGCAAUAUGGAUACCAACUUUUCCAACGAAUCCCUCGUUAACGCGGCUACAGACCGCCAAGAAGCCACCCAACAAUCAUCUUGGUACUAUUUGCUCGGAACAUGUAUACCACUUCUUGUUCUCGCCCUGUUCUGGAUUAGAGACCAGGGCAGCAAGCUCCCAUAUCUCAACCCGAAAGGACGGUUCGAGUGGUCCUCGGACAGGGUUGUUCGGGAGUUCGUAUUCAACUCUUAUCGGAUGCUGUACCAAUCUACGAAGAACUUUAUCGGCAAGCCUUUCCGUGUACUGUGUGAUGUCGGAGACGUCAUCAUCCUGCCACCCGAUGUUGGUCAGGAGAUCCGGAAUGAUAAGAGGUUUAGCUUCGUUCAAGGCCUAUUUGAGGAUUUCCAAGGACAGUAUGCAGGCUUUGAGGCUUACAAGGAAGCAUGCCACCCUUCCGAACGUCUCCAGAACGUGGUCAAGCUGAGGCUGACCAAGACCCUUGGCAAGAUCUCAAGCAUCCUCUCGGAAGAAGUUGAUGAAAGUCUACAGGACACAUUGACUGACUCGACUGAAUGGCAUGACACAGUUGCCAAACAUGAAAUCCUCAACAUUGUAUCCAGAAUGUCAUCCCGAAUCUUUGUCGGAAAACGACUAGGACACAACGAGAAAUGGCUAAAAACCAUCGUCGGGUACGUCGAGCUCAGCGUCCAUGCGAUGCAGAACCUCCGCUUCUGGCCCAAGUUCCUCCGAAGCAUCGUGGUGUACCUUCUUCCGGGACCUACGAAGCUGCGCGCGUACAUAAAAGAUGCGGAGACGCAAGUCUUUGCGGAGAUCAAACACCGCCAGCAGGAAGCCGAGUCCGUCGAGGAGUACAACGAUGCUAUUGCGUGGUUUGAGGAGAUGGCCAAGGGGCAGAAGUACAACCCGGCAGUCUCUCAGCUGAUCCUCGCUGGUGUGGCGAUUCAUACCACAGCGGACCUUGUUACCCAGACGCUCUAUGAUAUUCUUGAGCACCCUGAACUUAUCCAACCUCUUCGGGAGGAAGUUAUUCAAGCCAUUGGCGAGGGGGGGUGGAAGAAGACGUCGCUCUACAACAUGAAGCUCAUGGACAGUGUUCUCAAGGAGAGUCAGCGGCUGAAGCCGAAUCAGAUUGUGGGAAUGGCCCGCCGAGCCACGGCAGACGUCCAGCUCUCCGACGGGACCACUAUCAGCCGCGGCAGUGCGACCGUCGUCUCAGCCGAGCGGAUGUGGGAUGACAAAGUCUACGAGAACCCGAAUGCCUUUGACGGCUACCGCUUCUACCGAGAGCGCGGCGGCGCCAAUGACGCAAUUAGCCAGUUUGUCAGCACCAGCGUUAACCACAUGGGUUUCGGUCAUGGCAUGCACUCCUGCCCGGGCCGUUUCUUUGCGGGAAAUGAGGCUAAAGUGCUACUUGCUCAUAUGCUUCUGAAGUAUGACAUGAAGUUGGUCGAGGGCGAGAAGCCGAAGUUUGCAGAAUUUGGGUUCACCCGUGAAUCGGACUCGGAAGUCAAGAUUUCGGUUCGUCGACGCAAGGAGGAAAUUGACCUCUCUGUCCGAGAGGAAGCGGAAUGAGUCUGACAUUUGGUCACCAAGGCUUUGGUUUUGAAUUGAUCAACGGCCUGUUGAAGACUUUGCGUAAUAGAAUGGCGGAGUGCACUUAUAGAUGGAGAACACCUACUCAUUUAUGAA